CGUCGCGUUGGGUUGUCCCCUGCACAGCUGUAUCGGAUUCAGCCGCCCUCCAGGCCCAUCCACAUUCCGGAACAUCAGUGAUGAAGAACGUAGACCGACCACCUUCCAAUCCAAAACGCAUCAUAAUCCAGUCUACUCAGGAGUGCUUCAGCGUUGACAUACCCCGUGCUCCGGCGGGGACUGUUAGACCCGAGACAAGGCGUGCUGCUGAUGAGGAUGAUGACUUUAUGCCAUCAUCCAAGAAGCGUAACUUGGACGACAGCCCUGGGAAAGUUUUGAAGAAGGUAGUCACUAAGCGGCGGAAAGCAGUGCCCCCACCCCGACAGAAGCUGAACGUCAGAUGCAACCCCCAAGAUGUGUUAGUAAGCAUACAAAUAUUAAAUGACAGACAGCAACAAGCAAUUGCACGUAGGGGAUUUUCUAGUAUUCUUGAUAUGAGACUGGAUGCACUCGGCAGCAGAUCACACUUAGCUUGGCUGAUGGAAAAGCUCGACCCCAAUGACAUGACAAUUCGAGCUGGCCCUGGAAAGGAGCUGAAAAUAACAAAGGAUACGGUGCACCUAAUUUUGGGUUUACCGAAUGCUGGGGGAGGAACUGCAUUGGGCAUCGAUGAAGCUGUUGUUGCCAACAAUUUGAGAGCUGAACUUGGGCUAUCGAAAGAAGAUUUUGGGGUUACAGCUCUACAAGAUCGUUUGAGGAAAGGUUCUGACGAUGAUUUAAGCAUCAGAUGCUUUUUCUUGAUAUUGUUCAAUAGGUUGUUGUUCCCUACUGCCAGCUGGGGAAUAACGAACCAUGAGGUUCUUUUAACCGAGCAGAUGGAUCGUUUCCACCAGAUUGACUGGUGUCAGCUUAUUUUCAAUGAUUUAUGCCAAGCUGCCAAGAAGUGGCAUAACAGGAGCGUUACGAACGUUUCUACAACCAUCUAUGGAUGUUCCAUCGUUAUUCUUCUGUAUUAUUUGGAUCAUUUGCAUGACUCAGCGGCACCCCUGAACAAACGUGGAACACCACGAAUCAAAUACUUUGAUAGGAAUAUUAUUCAAGCCCUGACAAGAGCUGACAAGGGCAAGAUACGCAAAGGAGAAGAAGCAUUUGGACAUUGCUCGUUCCGAAGCUCCUCAGAGACCUGCUACACAGAUGUACCACCCGUUUAUGCACAAUUCAAGCAUAAGACCAGGACCAAUGCUUUUGAUGUUCCUCGUCCUGACCCAUCUGGACAGCACUCAAUUCACAUCGAACUCCCGCUCAUCAGGGAUUUGAUAUCAAGCAAGCUUAAUCAGCUUCCAUCCCGCCACCGCAUGGGUUUCAUAGAGAAGCUGUCACAUUUUGAUGCGGAGGUUGGUAAGGCGUGUUCAGUUAUUAAACAGAAUCUUCAGCAGAUUGUUGAGAAACAAUUCAAUCUAUCUGAUGUUUUUGGCGAGUUAAUUGAUGAGGUCCUCCGUGCCGAGGCGGGUGACAACGAAGAUGCUUAUGAUGUGCAGAAAACCACAUCAAAAUCAGAUGAUCAUCUUCCCCAGACAGCUGGUUAG